UCCAUUGAAGCCUUGGAAGUUGGAACUGAAAAUUGCUCAGUGCCUCAUUAAUUAGUUUCCAAAAACUCGUUUUUCUUGGGAACCAAACAGGCCGUAACACACAGACCCAUUUUCUUUCUUCUUUAGAGAGAGAGAGAGAGAGAGAGAUGUAACGUCGUUUUAAAAUUAACUUUUGUCCAUAUCGCAGUGCCGCUUUUAGACCUUUAAAAUCCACCCUCUUGAUAUUUCUAUGUUUUUUUCUCUCUGUUUUUGUUGGAUUUUUUCUUCAGUGUUUGCAUAUUUGCAAGGAGAAAUUUUCAUUUUUUGUUUGUUGGGUGUGUGAAGUUUGCUGGGUUUAUGCUAAAAAUGGCUGGGUUUCCACCAAAUCCCGACGACGGUGAACUGUGGCUUCCAUCUGAUAUUUUUUUCAACGAAGCAGCUUCUUCAACCUCCACACUUAGCCGUCACCAUUUCUCUAAUACCACGGACAACCUCGCUCGGCAGUUGGCUUCUCUCUCUCUCCUCAAACAAUACCAAAGUCCAAGCCUUUCAAAUCUUCAGAGUUUGCACCGGGUCAGACCGGCGGUCCGGUCCACCCAGCUUGAUUAUUUGACCCAGAGGUACUUUAAUCUCGGCGACAGCCAUGGUUUUGUACAAAAAGGUCCUAUUUUUCAUGGGUACGGGACUCAACACCUCCAUUACCACUAUCAGUUUAUGAACCCGGCUCAACUUCAGGUUGGUAGCUUUUUGGAAACCAGAAAUGGGAUUCAGAAGAGACAGCAAAACCGUGUUUUGCCAUUCCAGGGUAGAGGGAAUGGAUCAAUGGGUCGUUUUGGGAGGGUUUGUGGAGGCACAGGCGUGUUUCAUCCCAGGGUUUUGCAUUCCACAACCACCGCCACCGCCACCGCCAGUAAUCCGGAGGUCAAAGGGAAGCAGGGUUUAAGAAAUAGGGAGGAGAUUAAAGCCAUCAAAAGCGUUUGUUCCAAUGCUGGUUUGCCUCGAGACUGGACUUAUUGAGCUUUUGUGACCUUUCUCUAACUGUGGUAUUUUGUCUUGUUCAUCGAAGAAGAAUGGAAGUUUAAUUAACUUGAGUUUUGUGCAGAAGAAAUGUAAGAUACCAAUAACUUGUGUGUUUUUUUUUCCCUUCACUUUGUAAGGUUUGAUUUUGCUGAAUAAAUAAAGGCUU